UUCUAGUCCUCACUAUUUUUCCUUUAAAAGGCUACGAUGACGUUUCCCUUUUGAGUUCUCGCGAGAUUUCGCGCACUUUCCCCACCAGCCAGCUAGCUAGCAGAGUGAUGUGUGCGCGAUAGAGACGGAGAAAGAUGGCGACGCAGGGGAGCGAAUCAACUAAAUCUACCGUGAGCAACGGGGAGAAUCUUCAUAAUUUGGGCAAUCAGUAGUUGGUUUCGCAGAGGGCCGUCCACUCCUGACCCCAGCACACCAACAGGUGCCCCCAGAGUUCCCAGCAGGAACCUCUUUCCCAAAGACACCCUCAUGGACUUGUACGUGUAUGUGUCCCAGGAGGAGGUGUUCUCUGACUUCAACAACACAGAUGCACUGUUCUGGUUCCACAGAGACCUGGUCUAUGGAGACUGGGCCACAGGAGAGAAUGGAGAUGGCUGCUACCAGAACUAUAAGGAGUUGGACAUCCCAGAGAAGGUCCAGCAGAAUGGCUCCCUUUACAUUCAUAUCUACUUCACAAAAAGUGGAUUCCACCCAGACCCCAAACGCAAGGGACAGUAUCGYAGACUGGCAACAGUUCAUUCAACACGAAUGUUGAAUAAAUUCAAGAGAAGAAAGUUUCUGAAAACCAAGAAUCUGCUGACAGGAGAGACAGAAGCAGAUCCAGAGAUGAUUAAGCGAGCAGAAAGCCACGGUCCAGUGGAGAUCAUCUCCCACUGGCAUCCAAACCUCACCAUUAAUAUGGUGGACGAUCACACAGCCUGGGUAAAAGGUUCUGUUCCACCUCCUCUAGACCAAUAUGUGAAGUUUGAUGCGGUCAGUGGUGACUACUACCCUAUCGUGUAUUUCAACGACUACUGGAACCUUCAGAAAGACUAUUAUCCCAUCAACGACACCCUGACUAAACUCCCGCUGCGUCUCAACUACUGCCCGCUGUCGUUGUGGCGCUGGCAGCUGUACGCUGCUCAAAAUGCUCGCUCUCCUUGGAAUUUCCUACCUGAGGACACCUAUGAGCAGUCUGAUGAAGACCAAGACUCAGUUAAGGUUGCCCUUUUGGAAACAAACCCGUACCUGCUAGGACUCACCAUUGUCGUCUCUAUUGUGCACAGCAUCUUUGAGUUUCUUGCUUUCAAGAAUGAUAUCCAGUUUUGGAACAGCAGGCAGUCCCUUGAAGGGCUUUCUGUGCGCUCCAUCAUAUUUGGAGUGUUUCAGUCUCUAGUUGUGCUGCUCUACAUUCUGGACAAUGAGACCAACUUUGUGGUGCAGGUCAGCGUCUUCAUUGGUCUGCUUAUUGACCUGUGGAAAAUUACCAAGGUCAUGGAUGUCAGGUUGGACCGAGAGAACAAAAUUGCAGGAAUCAUCCCAAGAUUGGUAUUUAAAGACAAGUCAACAUAUGUGGAGUCUUCAACCAAAAUCUAUGAUGAUAUGGCCUUCAGAUACCUGUCCUGGCUGCUGUAUCCUCUGUUUGGCUGCUAUGCCAUCUACAGUUUAAUUUACGUGGAGCACAAAGGCUGGUACUCAUGGGUGCUCAGCAUGCUUUACGGCUUCUUGUUAACCUUUGGUUUCAUUACAAUGACGCCGCAGCUGUUCAUCAACUACAAAAUGAAAUCUGUAGCUCACCUCCCAUGGAGGAUGCUCACCUACAAGGCUCUCAAUACCUUUAUUGAUGACCUGUUUGCCUUUGUGAUCAAGAUGCCCAUGAUGUACAGGAUAGGAUGCCUCAGAGAUGACGUGGUGUUCUUCAUCUACCUUUACCAGCGCUGGAUCUAUCGUGUCGAUCCAAACCGAGUCAACGAAUUCGGCACCAGCGGAGUUGACCACGUUCAGAACAACACGGCAGACCCCGACACUGCCAGCGCCAUCACAGACAAACCAGAAGGAGAGAAGAAGAACGACUAAGCAAGACCUUUCACUUCUCUGUCCCCCCACCUUACGGCCCUGACUGCUGGGGCAAAGAGAACUCGUGGGAAUUGGGCAGGAAGCGGGGUGGAGUUCAAAGGUUCUUUAUUGUUCAUGGACGCCGCUACAAAAAAAAAAGAAAAGAAAAAAWUUCAGUUUAACUGUUCCUUCUGGUUUCUUUGUGGCUCCACAGAGGAAUAUAUUCAGUGUAGACUUGGUAAAUUCUUAUUUCUGUUCCCCACCCACCCCUGCCCUCUUGUUCUGCAGUUCAAGUGAAGUAAAACAAAAACGUGAUGUACUGUAUUCUGUAUGAUUUGAUUUCAGAGGGUUACGGUGUCUUGGAGUUGAUAUUUGGAGGGGAACAGGUUGCAGAUACUACUUUUUUAAUAUAUAUAAAAUUACAGGGAAGAAACAGGCCAAGUUUUGUUCUUUGUGUCGGUUCCUUGUGAGAUUUUCUUUUCAUUCCAUGUGAGCACYGUGUUUCGGGGUUGCCUGGACCACUGGUGCAUAGUGCUGGAGGAAACUGGAGAAGAUCCCGAGUCACGUUUAAAGAAGMGACGCGGUGACCGGAGACCUGAUGGACGAGCCUGCAGGGCCACGAAACAAUGACUACUACUCUCAAUUUUAAUAAUGGUUAUUGUUCUAGACUUGAACAGAAAAAAUAACAGCCUUGUUGGUAUUAAUAUAAAUAUAUGUCAGACUUAAUUUUUUUUUCAGUCACUAAAACAUUAUUUUGUAUAUCCUCAAACUGUACAGACUUGUGUUAUUAAUUCCAAUGUUAAAUCUAACAGCUGAUACUUUGCAAAUCUGAUUUUCAUUUUCCCCUCAGCUGAACGUCUGAUUUUUAAAUUGCCUACAUGCUACAAAAUUUAAAUCACCAUGACAGACAUUCAGAUGUGUGCUGAAAAAAUAUCUCCUGUUUUUGUUUUGUUUUUUUGAGUGCUGUAAAUCUCAAAGAAAUGGGUUCCAUGUUGAUGCAUAUUAAAUUUUUGAGAAUUCAUGUUUAUACUAAAAUUGUGAUUUAAAUUGUCUAUGCAACACCUUGUUUUUUCAAAUGUCACUCCUAGUUUUUUAAUGUUGAACAAUAUUUUUGCUGCUGACUUUAUUUUUAUGUUGGUUUCUGUUGACGUUGCAGGAAAUUUAAUUUCUCCGCUGAGCCCUCUAAAUUCUGAUAAACAACAAAGUGAACAGCCUCCUGUCUGAGAUCCCAAAGGUGACAGCUCGUUAAACUUGUUUACGAAUAAAAGCUCAAUUUAAAGUCGAACGUCAAAUUAAAAAUGACAAAAAAAAAUCAGCUGUAAAUAAACAAUCUGCAGGUUUUAAAUUUUAAGUGUAGCUAGUGUGUCAUGCUGUUUAAAAGGUUAGGCAAUAAAUUUCUUUUCUGACAGACUAAA